AUGGCAACAUUUGGGAAACUUGUCAGGUUCAAAGACAGAGCCGGCACUGCGUUCUACGGAGAGGCGGAAGGGCUGCCAUCAAUUAACAAACAAGGACUCAUAGGCUCCUUCGUCCCUGUAUACGCAAGCGAGAGCCCGUGGGAUCCCAACUUCAGGCUUACUUCAGAGACCAAGAGGAUUGCCGAGGUGCUACCGCCUCUUUCUCAUGUGCCUGUCUUCUACUGUGUUGGAAUGAACUACAAGACACAUGCUCGGGAAGCUGGUGUAAAUGCCCUUGCUGGACCUUUUGAUACCAUUCCAAUCCACCCAGAAUGCCAACAGAUGGACUACGAGGUGGAACUGACGGUAGUGAUCGGAAAAGACUGCAAGAACGUCUCGGAAGAUGAAAAUCCGUUUGAUUACAUUCUGGGAUACACCGUCGGGAAUGAUAUCUCGUCCAGAUGGUGGCAGGUUCCCGAGAGAAGCAAUGGCCAGCCAGCCGCGGCAAAAUCUUUUGAUAAAUUCGCGCCACUCGGCCCUGUCAUUACGUCCAAAAGGCUCAUCCCAGACCCAACACAGUUGCGUGUGAGCACACGUGUCAACGGCGAUCAGAGGCAAUAUUCGGAGACUGAUGACUGGAUCUUCGAUCUUGGCCUACUCAUUAGACAUCUCAGCCGAGGGACGACGUUGCGCAAAGGGUCCGUCAUCAUGACAGGCACACCCAGCGGCGUUGGGUACUUUAUGAAGCCUCAGACAUGGCUCAGGCAUGGCGACAUUCUCGAAACGGAAAUCGACGGCAUUGGUACUAUGCAGAACCGCAUCGCUUUUGAAGCGAACAGUGCUUAA